UCAAAGAUUAGCUUGAAAUAGUUAGUAUAUCCUUUGUCUCAUAAAUUUAGACAUGGAUGGAUAUGUACCUAUAAAAUAGUUUUCUUUUCUUUUUAUUUGUGUAGAUGAUACCAGUUACUAUUGAAUUUAUCCUUGUAGUGUUUACAAGGUUCUCAAUUUAAAUAGUGGUAUCAAGCACCACAAAAGUGUUAAAUUUCUAAACCCACAAUAAUAAAAUUUCCUAAUCCGUGAAAUUAUUGACGUCAACAAAGUUAUACGAUAAAGAAAACCAAAUCGAACAACCAUGGAUAUCUCUACAAUAAUGGAAGACAUAAGCGAAACAGACUUGAAAGAACAUAGGAUGACUUACAAAAAAAGUAUUCUCAACCAAAGAAGCCCAAGUGAGCGAGCAGACAGUCGAAGAGACAACAGUAAGAUACAAUGGCUGGAGGUUCCUGAAAAGAUGGUAGAAGAUCGGAAAUUUGUAAAAUCAAGCAUCCCUGUUCUAGGCAUACUAGCUAGCCGCGGCUACAGAUGGCAUUACAUCCACGACGCAAUGCUGAGACUACGCUGGGAAGAGAUCAAACAAGAGGAAACACCAGUCUCUUAUAACAGAGUCUUCAACAGUUUGAUCCAAGACCUUGGUUCAGGCGUUUUGCAAAAACGUUACAACAAAAACGCUGACCUUACUCUCGAUCAGCAAUCCCAACUGGACGUUCUUAAAUUGCAAGUGAAAACCGGGAAUGAUGCUUAUUUGAAAAGUCACCCAGAGAUUGGUAUAAUGAUGAAGCUGAUCUAUGCAGCUCUGUUUAAGCAUCGACCUCCGUCUCCAAAGGAGUUUUUGUCUAAUUAUGUCCAUCACUUGAACAAGCACAGAGAAGAACUGGUGGUGAAAGUAGUUGAUAUUCCUUUUGAUCCACCACCAGUUCCUGUUCCUGAUGAUAUCCCUUCGGAGGAGGAAGACCGACAGCUAAUCAGAGAGUUUGCCCAACAAAUAGUGGAACAUUGUCUCAAUUUAGUUACUCUUGGUGAAUCCUACAUUGACGUUAUGAGUAUAUUAAAUACAGUGCUGAAUAAGAUAACACACUCCGAUAGUGAAACUUCAAUUGAAUCAGCAAUCUCAGAUGCAGAAACAGCUGUUUCUGACAUUUUAAGGUGGCUUUUGAGAUCAGUUGCACUUAAAAAGUCUACAAGUGCAGAACAAAUUGUUGAUGAGUUAUUGAACACAAUUUUGUCUCAUACACCUUCCUACGUCCCCAGAGACAGCAAAGUAUAUUCAGAAAUGAAAAAUAGUGUUGAGAAUUUCAUUCAAAAUUUACUUGAAAAGUUGACAGAUGACGCUGUAAACAACCGUACUCUUUUGGAAAAUGUGAAGAACCAGGAAAUGAGAGUGAGGGAGAACAUAGCAGAUGACGGAACUGGAAAAUCUAUUUUAAGAAAAGAUUUCCAAGAUGAAGAACUUAAAAGUAGAACUAAAGUAAAGUUUCAGAGUUUGAGAGAAAGUUAUGCAUAAUUCUUCAUAAAUUGUGCAUACAGACAUUUUAGAUUUCGAAGAUUUGGAAGUCGAAGCUUUCAAAUUUAGAAUAAAACCCGUUUUGAAAAUCGUUUUUAUUCAAAUAAACUUUUUUUA